GCCACCCAUUCCUCAGCUCGAUCUGGCAUGAUAUGCAUCGACGGAAUCGCACUGCGCUAGGACACGGAAUCAUAUUCCAACAUCAGAAGAAGACAUCGAAACUGUCGCGACUUUUCACCUCAAAAUGGUCCGCACAAAGAGCUUGAAUGCUUCUUUCGGAAGAAAGAGGCGUAUUGAAGGAAUUGUGAUGAACUUGUGUGCGAAAUCCGACUCAUUGCUGAACAAGUUUGAUGAAAAUCGGACGGAACCCAUCUCAACAAGUUCGGGGACGUAUGAAAGAUCAGAGAGCUUGCAUAAGGAAGACCGCGGCAGUCUUUUACGACCCGAUCAAUGUCCUGUCACAGACUCUAUGAUAAAUGUCAGAAGUCAGAAUUUCCAAGCCACAUACCAGCUUCCAGAAAAUCUUCAGUUUUAUGGUGUUGCAGCAUCCAAGCAGUUGUUUCGAGGACAAACAUUUGGUCCAUUCUCCGGCAGCAUUUCACCAACUGUAGAUCCCAGUCUUCUCAACUACUCAUAUAUCUCUCAAAUUCCGGAUGUGGAAGGUAAUGAUCACUGCUUGAAUUUGUACAAAGAAGGCUUUGAUUCGUCCAAGUGGCUGAACUGCUUGGAAAGGCGUACAAGUGAUCUUGCCUACAAUAUCGUUGCGUACAACACACCACGUGGUAUUGUGUUACAAACCACGUGCGAUACUGUUGCUGGUCAACCAUUAUGUAUUGCCUACGACAAGGGAUUUGAUAUCACUCAAACGUCCCGAACAUCGAAUGAAAAUGUCCAAGUUCCCAAGAAAGACCUGCCUUCUAAAACAUGCAAUGGUGAAUCAUUUGUGAACUUGCGAUCAACUAUUAGCCCGGACUUUCUUUCAAGGAUUCACGGACAGCAAAUUACCAGCUAUGACGUCGACAUGACGAAUCAUCACGAUGACAACGAAAUGGUUGGCAUGGAAGUCAAUAGUGAUUCGUCCGAAGAUAUGAAGAAUGCGUAUAACGUAAUGACGGCGGAUGUUUCAGAAACAUAUUAUCCAUCAAAUGACGACUUACGGAAUUCUCGUUCAAAUGAUUUCACUCAUAUUGUUUCUACUGAAGACAAACUUAAUGAGGAUGAUUCUAAAAAGAAGACGUUUAAAUGCAGUAGCUGUAGAAGUACCUUUGACACAGCAGAAGAACGGCACAGUCACAUGGAGACAGCUCAUUCGGCUGAAUGUCCUAUCUGCAAAAAAGUGUACACAAGCUCAUACUUAAAAGAACACAUGACAUUUCAUAAUGAAUCAUCUCGUGUCACGUGCAACAUCUGCUCCAAGGUUUUCUCCAGUAUAAGUAAUCUACGCAAACAUCAAAAGAAACACGAAAAGAAUGGCUAUCCUCCAAUCGAGAAGAAGCGCUUGUACAAGUGUUCGGAAUGCAUCGAAACGUUUUUGAACGAGAAAGACCUGGAGGUACAUCGUAGUACACAUGUGGGUAUUGUGCCAAUCAAGUGUAAUGAUUGUGGUGAAGUUUUUGCCCAGAAAAAUAUGUUGCGUCGACAUCAUGCUGUUGUUCAUAAAGGCAUUCGACCAUUCAGCUGCAACUACUGUGAAAAAACAUUCACACAAAGAGGUAAUCUAGCUCGCCAUUGCAAACAAGCUCAUUCGGACAAAACCGCAGAAGAUGCACGUAAUAACAAGGAGAAGUUCGUGUGUCGCCGUCGUGGCUGUAAUCAGGGCUCUUUCUCAAGUCGAGAACUAUACAUUCAACAUAUUCAAGAACACUCGGGUAAUGAUCGGAUAUACUCGUGUGACGAUUGCUCCUACGUAUUUUCCAGUUCUGGUAAUCUCAGUAAGCACCGGAAGACGUUCCACGGCAACUGCACGAUGGUAAAAUCUAGCUAUGUUCAAAAUGAUACGUUCGAAGGCCAUCCAACGAUGUCUUCUAUGCCUACGGAUGGCGGCGAUGAAGAGAAAUACGAGUGUACUCAAUGUGAGCGCGUUUUUCAAAGUGAAUAUCAAUAUACUAAACAUAUGAGUGCUCACAAAAACAAGAAGAAGGAUAUGAACAAGUGUGAAAAUUGUGGCAAGAUAUUUAUGACGCGUUCGGGUCUCUCCAAGCAUUUGCGGUACUUAAGAUGUGUGAUCAAGAAAGAGGAGAUGCAUUUAUCGACUUAUGAAAACGUUGACAGCGUUGCUGUUCCAUCUGAAAAUUUAUUACAACAAGAUACAUCCACUCUCCUCCGAGAGGAUAGGCCACAAAGGACUGCAAAAGAAACAACAUUCGUCAAAGACACAAACGUCGACCAACCAUUUUCCUGCUCAACUUGUGGCGAGAACUUCACGAGUGCUUGGUAUUUGAAAGUUCAUCGAAGAAGCCAUAAAAAUUAUCACAUACCAUGCGAGUUGUGUGGUAAAAUGUUCAGUCACGUGACAAAUUUAAACAAACACAUGAGAUACAUACACCAGGGUGCAAUUAUUGCGCAAAAAGAAAAAGACAAAUCAAAAGAAACGUCAGAUGCUGAUCAAGCUGCGCAUGUAAAUGGUGAGGAUCUUACUUGUGAAAUAUGUAAUAAGACAUUGGCGAAUGCGAAUUCGUUGGCAGUACAUAGGCAGCUUCAUUAUGGAUUAAAGCCUUUCAAAUGUGAGUUUUGUGACACCAGAUUUACGCAGAAAUGCAACAUGAAAAGACAUUUGGGUACUUGCAAGAUAGCAAAACAGUUUGCCCAGAACUCAAACAAGUUGGAAACACCGUCGAGCGAAGACAAUUUGUCUCAAACUCUAGGAACUACUGUUACUAUGGUUUAAUGUUGCUGAUGUUCUCUUAUUUAUUCUAUUUUGAGGAUACGGCUGGUUUUGUAAUAAAAUUUAAAUGAUUCGUCAUGAGAACAGAGCUCAAAAUAUCAAAGCAAGAAAUUUUUGUUAUAAAA